UGAAAAUAGACACAAUGCCAGCUAACAAGAUCGAAGAGAUCUUCAACGUCAAUGGUCUCGUAGCCGUCAUCACCGGCGGUGGAAGUGGCCUGGGUCUGUAUGCAGCAAGGGCUCUCGACGCCAACGGAGCAAAAGCAGUCUACAUUAUCGGCCGGCGAGAACAAAACCUCAAAGACGCAGCCAAGACGGGCGUAAACGGAACAAUCAAACCCAUAGUCGGAGACGUCACAGACAAGAACUCUCUCCUCAAAGUCGUCGAACAAGUCCGAAAAGAACAAGGCUUUAUAAACCUCCUCUUCGCAAACGCCGGCAUCAUGGGUCCAUUGCAUAAACACGUAAUCGCAAACGGCAACAAGCCUUCAAUCAAAGAAUUCCAAGAAGCGAUGCUGGCGCCAGAUAUCAACGAAUACACUCAAGCCCAACACGUCAACAACUCCGGAGUCUUCUACACAUCCAUGGCCUUCCUCGACCUCCUGGACGCAGGCAACAAGCAGAAAAACGUGCCACAAGAUUCGCAAAUCUUGGUGACUUCGUCCAUCGCGGGGUUUAGCAGAUUUCUGGCUUCGUCGUUUGCAUACAGUACUUCGAAAGCGGCCGUGACACAUCUUGUCAAGAUGCUGAGUACGACUUUUGCGCGGCUGGGGUUUCGGAUUCGUGUUAAUCUUAUCGCGCCGGGGCUUUAUCCUAGUGAAAUGACGGAGGGCAUGACUUCGAAGUUGGCUCGUCAUGCUGGUGUUGAGGGACACGAGGGCGCGCACGAGGGUGCUCAUGUUUUGGAUCUGGAUAGAUCUCCUGCUGGGAGGACGGGGAGUGAAGAGGAUUUUGCUGGGACUGUGCUGUAUAUGGUAUCAAGAGCGGGUGCGUAUUUGAAUGGCGAGACUCUGGUCACUGAUGGUGGUCGGCUUGCACAACUACCAGGAGUUUACUAGUGCUUCUGUCGUCUCCUUCUAUUGCCAUGCAGACAUAGAACCGCAUCACAUAUAUUCGCAUCCACAUUUAGCUCGAGCCGUGCGAAAUGGAGUGACAUCAAUCAGUAGUAUUACAC